CUAAAUACCCUGAUUUGAUCAUUAUGUAAAAUAUAUGUUUUGAAAUGUCAAAAUGUGCCCCCAUAGAUAUGUAAAACUUUAAUGUAUCAACUUAAUAAAAUUAAAAAUAGAAACCAAGCGAAUAAACAAACAAAAAAUGCAGCUUCUUUUCCACACAGAAUUGGACGAAAAAAUUAUUCUCAGAAGAUAAGUGCACAAUUUAUUCUUCCUUAGAAAAAUAAUGAGUGUUUUGAUUAAGACAAGACAAGACUUCAAGACUUGGUCUGAGAUGGAAAAGUUAAAACACAGAGUACUAUACCCUUCUCUGAAUUAAAGUGUACAGGUACCCCAAGGAGUAAUGCCAUUGAUCUCAUAUCAUCCUUCACUUGGCUGCAGGUAGGAUAGUAGGUAAAAAAACAAACAAAAAAAAAGAGAACGGAAAUUCCAUUGUUGAUGAGACUACUAACCUGGAGAAAUAUUAGGACAGAAGGAGAAAAAAAUUCUGUAAGGAAUUUUCUUUUAUGAGGUAUGACCCUAAAAUUUAGCAAUAGAGGCAUAUAAUGAUUUUUCUCCUAGGUUUUCUAUUGCCUGUACUUGUGGGUCAGUUGGGAAGCUCUUAUACACUUCAGCAUUCUUGUCUGUAAAGUAAAUGUCCAAAUGUACUCCAUGUAUACUCUGUGAAAGUUGGAUGAGGAAAUAAUUGUAAAAACAAUGGACUAAUUCACAUGAUUUACCAUGACUAAAGCAAGGUAACUGAAGGUUGGUGAGAAGGCCUUAUGCAUACAUAUAAAGUGACCAGUAGAGUAUGUCACAGUAUGUAUUUGAAAACUGAAUUGAUAAAUAAGCUUGUACCUUCUCUGGAAUUCUCAGACAAGGCAAAUUAUCCAGAAUGGUGUGGGAAAACCAGACCUUCAACUCCAUCUUCAUCCUGCUGGGAAUCUUCAAUCACAGCCCCACCCACACCUUCCUUUUUUCUCUGGUCCUGGGCAUCUUCUCAGUGGCCUUCAUGGAAAAUAUUGCCAUGGUUCUCCUCAUCUACGUAGACAAACAGCUCCACACCCCCAUGUACUUCCUCCUCAGUCAACUGUCCCUCAUGGACCUCAUGCUCAUCUGCACCACUCUACCCAAGAUGGCCUUCAGCUACUUGUCUGGGAAGAAAUCUAUCUCUCUGCCAGGUUGUGGAACUCAGAUAUUCUUUUACGUGUCCCUGCUUGGAGCUGAAUGUUUCUUGUUGGCUGUCAUGGCUUACGACCGCUAUGUGGCUAUAUGUCACCCUCUUCGGUACACCAUCCUCAUGAAUCCCAAACUCUGUGUCUUCAUGACUGUUGCUUCCUGGACCUUGGGGUCUCUUGAUGGGAUUAUAGUGCUUGCAGCUGUCCUGUCGUUUUCUUACUGCGGCUCUCUGGAAAUUCAUCACUUUUUCUGUGAUGUUGCUGCCCUUUUACCUCUAUCCUGCACAGAAACAUCUGCAUUUGAAAGACUACUUUUCAUUUGUUGUGUGGUAAUGCUAAUCCUUCCAGUUUCAGUUAUCAUACUUUCCUAUUCCCGUGUCCUUCGAACCGUGAUCCACAUGGGCUCUGGGGAAAGUCGCCGCAAGGCCUUCACUACCUGCUCCUCCCACCUGUCUGUGGUUGGACUCUACUACGGUGCUGCUAUGUUCAUGUACAUGAGACCAGCUUCUAAACAUACACCAGACCAGGACAAGAUGGUGUCGGCAUUCUACACUAUUCUCACCCCUAUGCUGAACCCUCUCAUUUACAGCCUCCGCAACAAAGAAGUGUUCAGGGCACUACAGAAGGUACUGAAGAAAAGGAAGUUAAUAUGACUUUAUCAAAAUCUUUUUGAGUGCCUUCUGUGGUCAACACUCGUUCAAAAAAAAAAAAAUGGAAAUGGAAUCUCUUACAUUAUUCUAUUUCCGGUAGUUUGUAUUAAUAUUUUUCCACUUUUCAAAAUUAUUUAGCAUAUUAUUACAUAUAUAUCAUUUGUAAACUAAGCUAGAUUUGGAUGUUAGUAUAAGUGGCUUAAUCCCUGUGAAUGAUAAUUAUAUUAUUAGGUGUCAUCCAUGGGUGGUACUUGAUUUUAGGGUGCUUGCUUCUGAAGCCAGGUAUUGGUCUGAAGUGUCUUACCUGUAUCAGAAAGAAAAGGUUGGAGUUGAUUCUCUGUUUUUGGAGAGAUGCUGCUUUGUUCACACGUUACUUCCCAAUUAGUACUUGUUUUUAGUUUUACCAGUCCUCAAACCCAAGAAUGACUAUUUUAAUACUGUUUCUUCUGUCCUUGAUUCCCAAGUAUUUAAAAGUGGGGAGUUAGUGUCAACACUUUCUUCAAUCAAGUUUUAUGUCCGUUUAAAAUAUUUUCUAGAAACUCACAUAUACAUACACACACUUAAAUAUAUAUGUGUAUGAUCUUUAUACUAAGAAAAUUAAAUAUUUUAAUGAGCCCACAUAACAUAUCUAUUUGGUUGCGCUGCACAGUCAACAUCUGUAUCAUGUCUGCUUUUAUUCCUUAUAAUCCUUAUAUUAACCAUCAGAAUCUGAAGGCAGAGCAAGAUGGUGGAAUAGACGGCUCCACUGAUCGUUCACAUGCAAGGACAGCAAUUUAACAAUAAUCUACACACAAACAACACAUUCAUGAGAACCAAAAAUCAGGUGAGCCCUUGUAGUAUCUGAUUUUAACUUUAUAUCACUGAUAAAGAGGCAUCGAAGAGGUAGAAAAAACAACUUUAACAGAAAAUGCCACCCCUCCCUCACCACUGACAGCAGCAACAGGGUGCUAAGAGUGUCUCUGGGCUCUGGUGAGGAAGAACACAACAAUUGUGAGGGGUUGAGCUCAGUGCUGUCCUUUAAGAGCAGAAAGGAAAACCAGGUAAAGUUCAGAUGAUGCCUGGCCACAGACAGAGCAUUUAAACCAGCCCUUGUCAGAGGGGAAUUACUGAUCCCGGUGGUCAAAGCCUGUGUUCCCACAGACCUUGACACUGAAGGCUAAAAUGCGCUGAGGCUCUAAGUAAACUUAAGAGAUAGUCUAUACUAUAAGUACUACAACUCUUAGGUGAGUCCUAGUGCUGAACUGGGCCCACAGAUAGUGGACUGUGCAGGGGGCACAUGAACUACUGAGACACCAGCUGGGACAACUAAGGUUGUGCUGGCAUCACCCUUGCCUAACCUCAGGCUGCACAGCUCAUGGUCUAAAAGAGUUCUUCCACUUGAGAAGAGAAGAGGAAAGAGUGGAGAGGACUUUGUCUUGCAUUUCGGAUACCAGUUUAGCCACAGCAAGAUAAUGCACUGGUCAAAGCUGUGAGGCCCUUAUUCCAGGACCUCCCUCCCAGACAACAUUUCUCUGCACAUCCUGGGCAAGAAGGGAACCCAUUUCCUUGGAGAAAAGGCACCAGUACUGCUAGCAUGCAUUGCCUAACUGAAGAGCCCUUGGGCCCUAAAUGACCAGCAGUGAUAUCCAGGUAUUACAGCGAGAGCCCUGGGAAAGACUCUGCUGGCUUCAAGUGAGACUCAGCUCAUUUCCAGCGGUAGUGGCUACAGGGCAAAACUCUGUCUGCUUGAGAAAAACAAAGAAAAGGGGACUUUCUUUUGCACUGUAGG